AUGUCCUCUACUACUUUUAGUUUGUUACAAUCCCCGGAGGAUGAGGACGAUCAUUCCGAACACACUCCAAAAGCAGGAAACAUCGAAACAUCAUUGCACCGUAAUCAUCACAGUGGAAUAACGAGAACUAGUCUUAGAAGCGCGGCUCCAAUAUGCUUCGCAUUCCUCAUGUAUGGUAUAGUUUACUCAACAGGAGAAACUUUCUUUCAAGACCUAGCAGGAUCCGCAGACACAUCUAGUAUGGGCAAUGCAAAUGUGUACAUUAUGAUGUUACAGAGUAUUACAAAAACUUCAAGAUUCGUUAUCGAUCAUCUGGUUUAUCGCGUUUUGUCUAGAAGAUCAAGAACAGGAACACUUGCAACAUUGAUUAGAAUGGGGCUUGGUAUGUUCUUUUCAAUUUGUACUUGUACAAUUGCUCAGUACACAGAGGUUGCAAGAUUGACUGCUGUCGAGAACAAAACGAAUAUUGGAGUUCCCUUAUUCAUUCCUCAGUUUAUUGCACUAGGUUUCGUUACUGGGUUAGCAGGGGAAGGCCUUAAAGUUUUCUUCCAAAACGAAUACUCAAAUUGGAUUAACUUUUAUGCAACAACUAUCACUGAAGUUUUGACUGGAAUGGGAGCCCUUCUCAAUACAAUCUUAGUUUUAGUUCUAAGAUUAGCUACCAAAAAACCAGACGGCCGUGGGACUUGGUUUGCUGAAACUCUAGAUGAGAGUCGCAUCGAUCUCUUCUAUCACACUAUAUCUGUAAUGUGUGUACUAAAUUUUAUCCCUGUCUAUGCUUUGACCUCAACUUGUUAUUACCGAAAGAUUAAGAUCCGGGAGUUUUUGUUGUUGGAUGGGAUGUAA